AUGGAUAAAUUCAAGGCAGAUUUAGUGUUCCCUAAACAAGUGUGCAGUAAGCAAGAUGUACUGGAAUAUUUAAAUCUUACCAGAGACAAUGAAAUAUUCACAACUUGCCGUCCUGCACUGGACUGGAGAAACCCCACCAUUGUGUAUGUUGAUAUUUACCUCUACGGCAUCCUUUCUAUGAUUGAAAAGUCUCAAAUCUUUGUACCUCUUAUUUGGAUGUCCAUGAGUUGGAACAAUGAACGAGUCUCUUGGGAUCCUAAAGAUUUUUGUGGCAUUAAAAGUGUGAUUUUGCCAAAAGAGAUGCUUUGGAAACCAGACCUUUAUGUUCUUGAGACUGCAGAAAAGGAAGAUGGACCACUGAAUCCAUAUUUGUUUAUUACUCACGAUGGAACUGUGACGAUGGAGGAUGACCAUAAGAUUGUCAGCACCUGCGCAAUGAAUGUGCACAAGUUUCCUUUUGAUACACAAACGUGCCACAUCACAGUGUCUUCAAUGAAUUACUCAGAUAAAGAAAUAAAGCUGGUUCCUGCCUCCAACUCAUCAAAGGUGACACAGGUUGCUCGAGAAAGCAUAUUAACACAAGGAGAAUGGGAGUUCUUGAACAUAUCCGUCUCACUUAAGAAUGAGAGCUAUGAGGACCAAACAUUCGACAGCAUAAAGUACACGAUUUCAGUCAGAAGGAUGCCCCUGAUGCAUUUCAUCAAUUUUCAGCUACCUAUAUUGUUUUUCCUAAUUUUGGACCUAGCAUCUUUUUUCAUACCAGAUAGAGGGGACAAACUGUGCUUCAAAGUGACUGUGCUACUGGGGAUCUCUGUACUUCUGCUCAUCCUAAAUGACAUUCUGCCAUCCAAAUCUCACAGAUGUCCUCUGAUAGCUGUGUAUGUCAUUGUCAUCUUUUCUUUCAUGUUGCUGAGUCUUCUGGAGACAGUUCUGGUGAUAUACUUGAUAAAUAUGAACUCUGAACUAGACACGAAGGGGGUUCAGAGACCUGAAGAUCACAACUCUGACACAGAUAACUGGAAAAGAGACAGGAAUGGAGUCGAAGCUCCCCUUGAGUCUCUGAUGUUGAAUGAAAUAUACAGCAAAGAAAAAAUUAAUGAUGUGCAGCUUUUGCAGCUGAUCCUAGAAGAGCUUCAGACUAUCAGACAGACUCAUGAUCCUGAGACUUUAAAAGCCAAACCUGCUCAGAUUUACUGGUUAGGAAUCGCUAAAUGUAUUAACAAGGUAUUUUUUGUGGUUUAUCUCAUCUCAGUUUCUCUCUUUCUUGUCUUUAUCUUUCGAGAGUGGAAAGCUGAGUAAUUUCAAAUACUCAAAUUGUGACGAAUGCUUAAAUUAGGGAUCAGUAUUACAUAUAUUGCAUUAUAUAACACUAUUAUGUACAUUUCUUCUUCCUGUUGAAAGCAUUGAAGAAGGAGCAUAUAAUUCAAUUGGUUUUCUGGUGCUUUUCUACAGUCAUUCUCUACUGUAGGGCUAAGCCCAUCCAAUUGUCUGUCUUGCCCACCCUAUAACAAUUUAGGUAGAGACUAUGUUAAACUUUUUGUGCAAUGAUUAGAUCAAUCUGGAGUGGAGUGUAUUUUAAAAAAAGUUUUAAGAAGAGCCGAAGACAGCCCCACUCAUUUUUCUUUUAUAGCAGAAAAGGCUGAUGGACAGAAAUAUUUACGGGGAGUUUAAUACGUAUCUACAUUAAUACACUACUCUAUGAGUCAUAGCAGUCAUAGUCUACUAUUAAAGUGCAUUUAUGAAACCAGAACAUUGUAUAAGUGUUUAAAGUCCAUGUAUACUUGCUGUUAUUGCUGUUAAAUUGAAUGUAAGAAACAAAAUGUGAUCCAGGGAUACAAAC